CCUCUUCUUCUUCUCGACACUCGUCUCUGUAACUGAGACCCAAAGCCCUAACCUCGUUUUUCAUCUUCUCUAAAUCUCGCAAGAUCUAAAGAGAUAAUUCCAUGGAGGAACAGAGAGAGGAAAGUGAUUUUUUUGGUGAUUUCAGAGAGCCCAUGGAAGAAGCUGGUAAUGGGAGAGUUUUAUCUUCUAAAACUGAAACCCUAGCUGAGGAAGCCACUACGGUUGAGGCUUCCGAUUCAGGUGUUUGCGAUGUUGAUGCGCCUGAUGCAAACUCAGAUGAUGGAGGUUCAGCUAAUGAAGAUGGCAAUACGGGUAAUUCGGUUUCUGUUGAAAAACAUGUGAAAGCUGAUGUUGGAAGUGUUGAGGCUAAAGAUAACGUUGAGAAGAUAGUUAGCCCUGAUGAUUUUGAGACGACUGAAGUUGAGAGAAAUAACAUGGAAUGUGACGUAGAGGCAGGAGAGGAGGAGAGUCAGGAGACUGUAACCUCUGCUGGAGACGAAGUGAGUGAUGAGAAGCCAAACAGUGGUGCUAGUGAUGCCGAACCAAACGUUCAAACUGAAAAUUCCCAGCAGAGCUCAGUUGAUGGUGAGACGCUUUCUGACGGGAAGAAAGAACCAACAGAGAAAAGCGAGGAGGAUAAUGACAAAAUGGAUGUUCAUAGCAAACAGGCAAAGGAAGAACAUGAACAGGAAAAUGUGGGAGCUGAGACAACAGAUGUUAAGCAUUCAGAAUCUGCACAAGUUCCAGAGGAGUAUACACAAUUAAGCAAAGGGGAAACGGGCGAAGAAAUAACCAAUGUUAACCAAAAAGAAGAAAAUGGAGAAGCCAUGGAAAUCGAUUAUGCGGCAGAGGAACUGGUGGAAAAUGAUGUUAAAGUAGGUGGCACUUUGGAUAAUACUGGAAAUGAAUCUGCUGGUGCAAGUGUGGUACAAACCCGAGAUAUCCAGAUAGCUGAAGCUGACGGGAGUGAUUUUAAUGUAGCAAAGGAAAUGGAAAUUGAUGAUCGGCAAGAAAAUGUUGAUAUGGCAACUGAUCUUAGCGGAACAAUCGAACCUUCUGAUUCAGCAGAUCCAAACAGUCCCUCUGAAGAUGCUGCUACAGGUGAAGUUGAACCAGUGGAUCAGAAUGCUCUUUUUGAUCCAAGUUCUGAUAUUACCAACUUUAUUGAUUUCAGUGGUGUAUCAUGUUGGUCAGGAAAUAUACAAGACCUUAAAGAGAAGGAUCAUGAAUGCUUAAAUAAGAAAGCAGUAGAUCAACAAGAAGCUCCAAGUAUUGAACCAAACCAAAAGGAAGAUACAGAUAUGGAAGAAAAUCCAAUCACUUCUGAUUAUGCUGAUGAUAGAGCCGAUUCUGAUAUUAGAACCAAUGGUGUGAAACGAAAGGCUGAUGUCCUGAGUGAGGGUUCACUAGGAGAAGGUAGGAAGACUGUUUCAUUUGCGAAGGUGUCUUUUGUCCAAAGGCCGUCCUUUAAGAUCGGUGCAUCCAUAGCCAAAGCUGCUAGUCAGAUGGCAGGAACUCCUUCAGCUUUGAAGGGUGGUAACCUUGAUGAUGAAACUCUUGCUGUUGAGAGUUUUGUAUCCCAGCUUCACUGUGCAGCAACAGACCCUGAUAAAGAGAACGUUGUAUCUGAAAUUGCUGCUGGCUUUCUCUUAGAUUUCCGAAACUCAACGGCUUCGCAGCAAAUCACCCCAGAAAUGGUAAGCAAGAAAAGAGGUAGACCAUCCAAUUCUACUGUAGGAGGAACCGAAGCAUUUGAUUUUGAGGAAAUGGGGGACACAUACUGGACUGACAGGGUGAUCCAUAAUGGUGGUGAAGAGCAAACUCCACCUACUGAGAAAAGAAACUAUCAAGUUGUGCCAGUUGAGUUGAAACCUGCUCAGGUUAAAAGGACUCGUCGACCAUACAGAAGACGACAGUCUCAGAUCAGUGUUCCUCUUCCAUCAGACUCAGACAAACCGGCAAACUUUGAUGAGAAUGCACCAGCUGAGCUUAUAAUGAACUUCUCAGAAACAGAUACAAUACCUCCUGAGAAGAGCCUGAGUAAAAUGUUCAGGUGUUUUGGACCAAUAAGGGAGUCGCAGACAGAAGUAGACAAGGAGAAUAACCGUGCUAGGGUAGUCUAUAGAAAGAGUCGUGAUGCCCAGGUCGCUUACAACAGCGCAGGAAGGUUCAGUAUCUUUGGGACGAAGGCUGUGAAUUACGAGCUAAGCUUUACAAUCACUGAAACAUUCAAAGUUCAGCCUUAUGUUGUGUCAUUAGGCGAGGAGGAAGUAGCACUAUCUCUUCCCUCUUAGAGAUGUAGUUUUGAUUCAUGCAUGGUUUAAAUCUAUUUUGCUUCUUAUGUUUUCGUUCACUAUAAAGUCUACUUGUUAGAAAGCUGAUGUGUAUGUUUCUUUGAAUGCACAGGAUUUUCUUAGCCUAGGUUGUCUCUCUGGUUUUUUUUAAAAGGUAGUAAAAAUUCUUACAUCAUAAA